AGUAGUGGCUGGUACCCCGCGCUCCACACCACCGUCACCGCAACCGACGCCGUAGUGGCGUACUCGCAUCGUUGUUGUAGCCGUCGACGGCUGCCGUGGUGGGGAUCGGCCGUCGGCGCAGUGUUCGGCCGCAACCGCCGUCGUCUGCUGUGUUUGGGCACGUUCCAUCCCCGGCGCGCAACAGCGACAGCACAAGCCACAAGCAGGCAGCGGCAGCACGAGCGUGAGCGGUGGCCGUGUAUGUCGACGUUUAACUCGUAUGAACGUUUUAUAACUACUACUAUUCACUUCGUUUUUUUCGCCUCUCGGUAAAAUCGCGAAUAAAAUUCCUCUGGUGCGGUGCGGUCCUCGGACACGUCGUCGACGAUAAAAUCCAAUCUCGUCGUCGAUCUUGUUGUUGUUUACGUCCGUCCGCGGACUCGGUGAUAAUAGACAGGACCGAUAAUAUUAAUAAUAAUAAUAAUAAUCGGUCGUGUGUGUGUUGCGCGCGCCAGACGGUUACUUGUUGAUUUUUUUCCCGAUUUUCUUUCUGGACGCGUUUCCCCCGUCCACCUCCCGCUACACCGACCCUACCGAAUCGGAUUCGACGUCGUCCGUCGCGCGUUUCGUGAGCAUCUCGCUCGCACGCGUCACACACACACACUUGCUCACUUCGCGCACAUACACACACACGCUCGCUCGCCUGCAUACGCACUUACACGGGGACGUAACUGACAAGUACACACAUACACGCGAGCGCGCGCGCGCAUACACACACGUAUAGUCGCUCUUGCACACAUUCACGGACCGGAUGCCAAAAUAAUCGCGCAGUCCGCUUUUCCGCCGGAUGCAGUAGUGACCCGUGAAAACAGCCACAGACUCCGUCGAGACACCGAUGCGAAGACGGUCGACAUGUAGACGUCAUGAUCGACAUGAUCCGCCGGCCGAUCGUCGCCGUCGCCGUCGUCGUAGCCGCCAUACCACUUGGCCACCACCACCUCGAGGGUGCACCGUCGUCUUGAACAGCCGCCAUGGACCAUUCGGCUGCGGCGGUCCACACGUCUAACGAAAGGUUAUAUCAAUGCAUUUAGAUGGACUCUGGCUAAAAUAAGUCAUGAAUGGCCAGCUGAACAUUUACUUCCUCAACCCUUGAUUGCAGAGGCUCUAGAUACUCCGUCAAAUUUACCAUCUACAACUACAUUAACUGUUUUAGUAGUUAAAGAUGAAAGAGGAUAUGGCAUGAAAGUGUCUGGAGAUAAUCCGGUAUUUGUGCAAUCUGUCAAACAAAGUGGAGCUGCAGAAAAAGCAGGUUUACAUAGUGGUGAUAAAAUUAUUAAAGUGAAUGGUGUUAAUGUAACACACUCUACACACACAGAAGUGGUUGAACUCAUAAAAUCUUCUACCCAAGUCGAAUUAACAGUUCAACAAAGGCCUUUGUUUGUAAAUUCAUCAAAUCCUAAUUUAACAUUACCCCCUUUGCCUUUACCAACAAUGAAUUCUUCUACUGUAUCUCCAAUAACACCGUGUUCUUCUGUAACACCAUCCAGACCUUUGCAUCACCAUCAUUCAGCUCCUGCUCGUGAUCGAAUUACAGGACCUCAACCUGUUGAUGUGGAACAAAUGAGRCAUGUUGAACUAGAACGAUGGCAAACAUUUAGAUUAAUGUUAGAAAAAGAACAGAGGUAUGUGGAGGUAUUAAAAAAAGAACUUCAUAGAUCGUCAUCAGAUGUAUCCAGUGGUGAUAACUAUAAAUUGAAAAGAGAAUUGAAUGGCGCUGAACGUCGAGUUAAAACAUUGCAAGACCAGUUAACUACGUUCAAUGAAAUACCGCUUUGUAAUAUUGUUGCACAAGCAUCUUCACUUCAACCUCCUCCACUACCACCAAGAAACCCACCACCACUACCUCCUAGAAAUCCAACGGCCCCUUUGAUUAGUGAUAAGCAGUCGAAUAAUUCACAUAUCACUGGUGUUAACAAUAGUCAAACUGAUUCUCCUAACCUUUCAUUGUGUCAUCAACGUACAAAGUCAAAUCCUGAUCAACUUAGUGAAGGUAAACCAUUAGGUAGUAAAAAGUUGAGUUUAUCCGAAUCCUUCAAUGAUUUACAUUUUGUAAAACAUUCCAAGGGUGGAUUAGCUUGGGAUGUAGUAUCACCACCUCGUCAUAAUUCUCCUAAUAGAUCUCCUGAUGUGGCCAACCCAUGUGAUAAACCACACAUAGAUAUGAAUAAAUAUAGUGAUCGUUGUUCAGUUGAUUCUUCAGAUCCAAAAUUAACUCAAACUCCAAUCAUUUCAAUGGAAGAUGACGAAAUUUCUGAUCAAGAAUCUAGCCAUUUAGAAGAGCAUGGACCAUUUAAAAGUUUUACUAAAUUAGUAGAACAUAAUGCACAUCUAGCAGUAUUUUUAAACUAUGUUAUAUCAAAUAGUGAUCCCUCAGCUUUAUUAUUCUAUUUAGUUACAAAUUUAUUUAAAGAAGGCAAUGCCAAAGAAAUGAAAAAAUGGGCAUAUGAAAUCCAUUCCAGUUUUCUAGUGCCUUGCGCCCCAUUGAGACUGAAUAAUAUUGAAGAGAAUCUUGUUCGUGAAAUAGAUGACAUUUUACAAAAGGAUUCAGAUCGUGAAGAAAUUUUACGUAAAGUGUUUUGGAAAGCUCGAACCAAAGCCAAAGAAGAGUUAAAUGAACAGUUGAGUGAUUUUCGUCAUAGACGAACAGCCGGUUUAGGCACUCUGUUUGGCCCWCCUGAUUCUCAACUUGAUGACAGUAUUAAUGAUAAAGUAAAAGAAUUAAAAAUAAUUGAAAUGAUCCUUGUUCCUAAUAUGGAACCAUUUAUAGAGGAUAUGGACAAAGAGAUUGUAGAUGAUCGAAGGUUUACUAUGGCAGCUGCACUAGCUACAGUUAUGAGUAAAAUAUUUGGGCUUCGAGGAGCUCAAUUUAGUUCUCUUUUAGAUCGCUGCCCUACAUUUGUUUCUAAAGAAAAAUCUUUAAAAGCUAAACUUAUAGGAAAAUGUCGAAAAUUUACUAACAAAGGACAUCAUUUUGUUGCCCAUCAGUAUUUCACUGUAACUUAUUGCAAUCAUUGUCAAUUAAUUAUUUGGGGAAUUGGACCACAAGGUUAUCAAUGCACAAAUUGUAUUUUAAAUAUUCAUCGUGUCUGUGUAAAAGUUUUGGAUGAAAACUGUCCUGGUCCAAUAGUGAAAAAAGAUAAAGCCAAUGAUCGUAUUAGUAAACUCAUGGAUAAAAUAAGACCUGAACGCGAAACUCGAAGAAAACCUGGUUUGAACUUUGUUCAAAUUGAAAAAUCAAAGAGACAAUCUGAAGAUUCUGGUGAUAUAGUUGGAGCACUUCCUGAAAAAGAUUCCGAUCGAACGAGCUUAAGUAGCAGUAGUUUUCAUUUUAAARCUGAUGAUAGUUUCAAAUCUGAAAGAGGUGAUACAAGUACAAUUGAAGAAAUGUCUCAUUGUCCUAAAUUAAAACCAACGGGAAUCUCCAUAAACCGAUCUGAAAGCUAUAAAGAACGUAUUCACCAGAAGCGUCAAAUUCGAGAAAGAAGAAAAACCAGUGAUCCCAAUCUCCCUUCGAAAUAUAAAAAUGAUGUGGAACACGAAAUGCAGUUUUCAUUUGCACGUUCUGAUAGCUCAUCAAAUUCUAAUUUAUCAACUAAAAGCUUGGACAGUCGUAGCACAUCUUUGGAAGGCAUUGGACAAGGUGGAGAGAUGACUUCYUGUUUAGAUAGUGAUUCUGAUGAUGAAUUAGAUUUACCUGAUUGGGCUAGUAAUGUUCCAACAGAAAUAUUGGAUCAGUUAUCAUCUAAAGAGAAAAAACGUCAAGAAGUUAUUAAUGAACUUUAUCAUACUGAAAGAUCUCAUAUUCGAGGAUUAAAAGUUCUGGAGCAUGUUUUUCAUCGACCUAUGAGAGAACUACAGGUAUUACCACAAGAUCAACUUCAACUGUUAUUUGCAAACCUUGAACAAAUGUUUGAAUUACACUCUCAGUUUUGUAAUGCCAUGAAAGCAGUAAGAAAAGAUAAUCAAGUUGUUCAAAAUAUUGGUCACGUUUUACUUAAUACUUUUGAUGGAACUGCUGGGGAAGUAUUUCAAAAAGCUGCUGCUACAUUUUGUGCUCGGCAACAAAUAGCAUUAGAAUCUUUAAAAGAAAAAAGAAAAAAAGAUACCAAAUUAAAUAUAUUUCUUAAUGAAGCUGAAGGUAAUCCUGUGUGCAAACGUUUACAGCUGAAAGACAUUUUACCUACUGGCAUGAUCCGAUUAACUAAAUAUCCAUUAUUAUUUGAAAGUUUGGUUAAAUGUACAUCAAAUGAAGAAGAAUUAUUGAAUAUCAAAAGAUCUUUUGAGAGAAGUAAAAUUAUUUUAAAUCAUGUAAAUCAAGCAGUACGUGAAGCAGAAGAUCAACUUCGAUUAUCCGGUAUUCAAAAAAAAUUAGAUGCUUCUCCAUUUGAAAAAGUUGAUCAUCCUCUUAGUGUUGACUUUAAGAAUUUAGAUUUAACAAAACAUAAAUUAAUACAUGAAGGGGGUCUGUGGUUAAGGAUUGGUGGAACUCGUCAAAAAAUGAUUGAAUUGCAUGUAUUGCUGUUAGAAGAUUUAAUUAUUUUGUUAAACAAAGUAGAUGAUAAAUAUGUUUUAAAAUAUUAUGGCUUUCAAGAUCGUACUCCUACUUUAAGUCCAAUCAUUAAGAUGUCAACAGCUUUAGUCAGACACAAUGCAGUCGACAAAAAAGCUAUGUUCUUAGUUAACACAUCACAAGCUGGUGCUCAGAUAUAUGAUUUAGUUACAACUUCAUCAAAUGAAAGAAAAACUUGGUUUCGACAUAUCUCUGAAGCAACUGAAUCCUAUAAAGCUCGUGAAGGUAAAAUAAAGAAACAAGAACAGACCUCUCAUCAUGUUAUUGAUUACGAAGAUAUAAUACAGGGUACUAAAAAAAAGUCAGUGACUGAUAAUGGUUCAGAACCUCCUAAUAAUAACAAUAAUAAUAAUUUAAAUAGUUCCCAGUUAUCCACUUCAUUAGACUCAAGUAAUUGUGAUACAUCUAAACAUGGUAUUGAAAACUCUUCAAACAGUGAAGCAUUGACAAUCGCUAACAGCACUCCUGUGUUGUCUAAAACUCAAAAAAGUCCACUAAUUGAGCCAUCUGAAGUAUUAGUGUCACAAAGUUCUGUACUCAAAGCCGAACCAGUUAUCACACACCUUGAAAAAUUACGAAGAAAUAAUAAAGUGAUUGAAGAAGCAUUAAAUGAACGUUUACAAUUAGUUGCUGAUAUACUGAAAGUGCCUUUAUCAACCCCUAAUAAGACGUCUGAUGGUCAGGAUAAAAACAUUUCAGAUGAACCAAACGAAAUUUUGCUUUCAGCAGUUUCUCAAGGAAAUGAAAUAAUCACAGUAUUAAAUGAAUCACUGAGUAUGACUGAUGUCGAUGCUAUUGCCGCAAGCUUGGGAACAUCUAAUUUAACGUCAAAUUGUAGCUUAUAUAAAGCUUAUGCUACACAAUUGUCUCGGAUCACAAAAGUAAAACCAAUUGUAGCUUCUUUUAAUUCUCAAAUUACAGAACUUUUGAUAUCAACUACGAAACAUGGUAAACUAGAAGAAGACUUACGUAAAGAACUUCAGACAUAUCGAGAAAGACUACAUGCUUUUCAAGAAAAAUCAAUAGGAUCUACUAAUACUGAAAAAAAUAAAACUGAGAGUUCUGUCGAAAAUGCUUGCUCUGUCAACAGUCCUGAGAAAAAUGGAUCAUCAUUAGAGGUAUGAGUGUAUUUACUAUUAAACAUCAAUGCAUAACAUACACACAUUACCAAUAUAUAAUAGUAUGUCAUAUCAUGCCAAUUCGUUUUCACUGUGUCAUUUUAAUAGUCUACCGCUUAUAAAUUGUAUCAAUAUCUUUUAAAUCUUUAUAUUGAAAGUAUAUAUUUA